UUGAAGGAAGGAACGCGUUCUUUUCUACUUUCAGUUGAUUUUUUCCUUAAUUUCAUUUGGGUUUGCGUUCUGCAUUUUAGUUUCGUUCGGUUUUUAUCAUAUAUACAAGAAAAACAAACCAGAAAAAAAUUAUAAAUCAAAAAAACUCUAAAAAAAUUCUAAAAUUAAUUUGUGUUCAGUUCUGAUCCGGUUUUUUGUGUUCGCUUUUCUACAAAACCAACAAAAACAUCAGCAAAUACGGCGAAUACGCAUAUACAGGAAUAAAGUAAAAAUUAAAUCAACAAAUGAACUGGUAGUGUAUGACGUUGAAGAUUUCGCGUGUGAAACAAUAACUGCAUGUAGGGAUAUUUGCAUAAAAAAAGUAAAAAAAGAAGCCACGUAUACUUAAGUAACAUAUAGUAAUAACCAAAUACUAUUUACAAAGCAAAAGGGGAAUACAACUUUUUUGUAAAUUUAAAGUCUUGCUAUACCCACCUUUGCAAAUUUAUAAAAAAAAAGUAGAAGUGUGAAGCAAUGACUGUUUUUCGUGAUUAAAACAGCGCUGCACUUUUGCGUCUACAAUCGAUGUCAACUUAUAAAUCGUGAAAGGAAUUAAGAAACUAACAAACAGUAUUAUACUCGAGCCAGUGAAAACAAACAAAACUAGAACAUUUACUUUUUCAAAGACAAUCAUAGUUAAAAACUUAAAUUUUAAUAUCACAUAUUUUUGACUUAAACGUUUUUGCUAGAAAUAUUCUCACGGAAUUUCAAUCCAACAUAAUUUGUUCAAAUAUCUUUUCUUCAUUUCUGUGCUAUCUUUUUGUAUUCUGUUCGGAACGAAAACCACAAUUUUCAAAUAACUAUUUUGUGUAUCUAAAUGAUGACUACCAGCGCUAACAGUAAUAACAUGGUCGAAGGACAGCAGCAGCAAAACGGCAGCGGUGGCUCGGGAACUAGUGCUGGUAGUGGUAGCGCAACAGCUGCAGCAACAGCGGCUAAUACAAAUGUUAGCAGCAAUAACAACAAUAAUAACAAUACAAGUACUAACAACAAUAACAACAAUAUGGAAAGUGACCCAAAAACGAACUUAAUUGUUAAUUACCUGCCACAAACUAUGUCGCAAGAAGAGAUACGCUCAUUAUUUGUUAGCUUCGGCGAAGUCGAGAGCUGCAAAUUGAUAAGAGAUAAGGUGACAGGUCAAAGUCUCGGGUAUGGAUUCGUUAAUUACGUAAAACAGGAAGAUGCCGAGAAGGCAAUCAGCUCGCUCAAUGGUUUGCGUUUGCAAAAUAAAACAAUUAAAGUCUCAAUAGCCCGUCCUAGCUCAGAAUCCAUUAAGGGAGCAAACUUAUAUGUAUCUGGUCUUCCCAAAAAUAUGACGCAACCCGAUCUCGAAGUUCUAUUCAGUCCAUAUGGCAAAAUAAUUACCUCAAGAAUUUUAUGCGACAAUAUCACAGGUCUCUCGAAGGGUGUUGGUUUUAUACGUUUCGAUCAACGCCAUGAAGCUGAUCGCGCCAUUAAGGAAUUAAAUGGAACGAUACCGAAAAAUGCCACCGAUCCCAUCAUUGUGAAAUUUGCCAAUAACCCUAGUAAUAACAAGUCAUUGCAGCCCCUUGCCGCUUAUUUAACACCACAAAAUGCUCGGGCACGGGGCUUUCCAGCUGCUGCUGCGGCUGUUGGUGCAGCUGCCGCCGCUGCAGCCAUACAUCCUUCGGCAGCGAGUCGUUACAGUUCAGUGAUUUCACGCUACUCGCCAUUAGCUGGUGAUCUUUUGGCCAACACUAUGCUACCCGGUAAUCCCAUCAAUGGCUCUGGCUGGUGCAUUUUUGUUUACAAUUUGGCGCCCGAAACUGAGGAAAAUGUGUUAUGGCAGCUUUUUGGCCCAUUCGGUGCUGUACAGUCGGUAAAGGUAAUACGCGAUCUGCAGACAAAUAAAUGCAAAGGUUUCGGUUUUGUCACCAUGACCAACUAUGAGGAGGCUGUAGUCGCUAUACAAUCGCUCAAUGGCUAUACGCUGGGCAACCGUGUGCUUCAAGUCAGCUUUAAGACGAAUAAAACAAAGCAAACGUAA